AUGAAUGGAACAAUAGUUGGAACAGGUUUUGACUCGCUCUUAAAGCAGCUGCAGCUUAGGUUUGAUAAUAUCAACAGCAAGAGUAAUGAUCAAUCAAUGAAAAGAAAAAAGGAUGAUGUCAGGACUGAUGAUGAAGAUCUGACUGCAGCUAAAACUUCCCAAAAGGAUGCCAAGCAUGAUACAUAUGGGGAAUCCAGGUUGUGUGGAAACACAUUUAUGCUUGCCAUUGACGGGAUAAUUGUCAACGACCACGUCAGCACCUUUGAUUCUGGUUUAGCUAUGCUGUCUGUUGCAUAUUACAUAUUGAACAUCAAAUAUCCUAUUGAAACUGCAGCAACAAUGGAGUUUAUUCAAAGGUGUUUUGUUGGAAUCAACUCGGAUAGAGGGAGCAAGAUUGAGGUGAAGCUGAAGGGCAAGAGAUAUACACAAGUGCAUCCAAAAGUUCUGUCAUUCAUAAACAGGGAUGAGAGCGAGGAGAGGGAGCCACAGAUCACGUGGGGUCGAGCCAACAGCAACACGGCCUACUUCCACGACCAAUCACCUACCAAUGUGACGGCCAUGGUGGGGCUGAAGGCCUCCCUCCCCUGCCGCGUCCUCAACCUGGACAAGAAGGAUGUGUCGUGGAUCAGACAGCGAGACCUUCACAUACUAACUGUAGGGCUGUCUACCUACACCAGUGACGACCGCUUCAAGGUGUAUCAUCCAGAGGAUAGCGACAAGUGGUACCUGGAGAUCAGCUCAGUCACCUUCAGAGACGCCGGGGUGUACGAGUGUCAGGUCUCCACCAGUCCCAAGAUCUCCUUGCCCGUCCUCCUGACUGUGGAAGUUGGCAAGAACCGCGCCAAUCUCCCGGGACCCACUGGAACAAAGGUACUAUUCUCGAACUGA